GAAAAAGCGUGCUCACAUGGCUAGUCUGCAGGUACUUGAUGAAGGUACUUCAUGGCCCUGGGCUUAUUUCCUUCAGCUCUUCAUCUGAGACCCUACAUCAGACAGCACGCAUCAACUGCCUAGUGAAAACAUCAUUACCAUCCUGUGUCAUUGCCAUCAGAGGGACCUUAAGUCAGACAGCACACAUCAACCACCCAGUGAAUACACCGUUACCAUCUUGUACCAUUGCCAUCAGAGGGACCUCAGCCAUCAAUCAUUAGCACAUGGUUGACAAACGAAGAAUGGGGCUUUGGGCUUUGGCAAUUCUGACAGUUCCCAUGUAUUUGACAGUAACGGAGGGCAGCAAACCAUUCUGGGGUCUGGAAAACGAAGCUUUAAUUGUGAGAUGCCCCCAAGGAGGACACCCAACUUAUUCUGUGGAAUGGCAUUACUCAGAUACAAAUGAAAGUAUUCCUACUCAGAAAAGAAAUCGGAUCUUUGUUUCAAGAGAUCGUCUGAAGUUUCUACCAGCCAGGGUGGAAGACUCUGGGAUUUAUGCCUGUGUUGUCAGAAGCCCUAACUUGAAUAAGACUGGAUACUUGAAUGUCACCAUAUAUAAAAAGCCGUCAAGCUGUAACAUCCCCGAUUAUCUGAUGUACCAGACAGUACGUGGAUCAGAUAAAAAUUCCAAGAUAACGUGUCCAACAAUUGGCCUGUAUAAUUGGACAGCACCUGUUCAGUGGUUUAAGAACUGCAAAGCUCUCCAAAAGCCAAGGUUCAAGGCACACAGGCACUACUUGUUCAUUGACAAUCUGAGGCAUGAUGAUGAAGGUGACUACACAUGUCAAUUCACGCACACAGAGAAUGGAACCAACUAUAUCGUGUCGGCCACCAGAUCAUUCACAAUUGAAGAAAAAGGCUUUUCCAUGCUUCCAAUAAUUACAAACCCUCCAAAAAAUCACACAGUGGAAGUGGAAAUAGGAAAAUCAGCAAGUCUUGACUGCUCGGCUUGCUUUGGCAAAGGCUCUCAGGUGUUGGCUAAUGUCCUGUGGCAGAUUAACAAAACAUUAGUCAAAAAUUUUGGCGAAGCAAGAAUUCAAGAAGAGGAAGGUCAAAAUAAAAGUUCCAGCAAUGACAUGGCUUGUUUAACCUCAGUGCUAAGGAUAACUGGUGUGACAGACAAGGACUUGUCUCUGGAAUAUGAAUGUCUGGCGGUGAACUUGGAUGGCUGGGUAAACCACACCGUAAGACUGAGAAGGAAACAACCAAGUAAGAAGUGUCCCUCACACAAUGCUUGACUAAAUUGGCUGAAUCAGCUGCAACUUGCAUCCAUUUUCUCAGAGGACUAUGUGCUGUAGCUUGGUCCCAGGGAAUCUGGCAUGAUGGUGGGACUAGCUGGCCAGUUUAAUCAAAUGUGCUUCUCAUGUUGAGGAAGUUCCUUAAACCUGGUCUUUCCAGAAGGUUUCUGUCUUCCAGUAGGACUUUCUGUCAUUGUAUCUUUCCUCUCUCUAUCUCCCUCCUCCUUGUUCUCCCCACUGUCCUCCCCCUCCCUUCACUUUCCUUCAUGUGGUCUCAACCCCUCCUCCCCUUUCCUUUUGUUCUCUCUGGGUUCCUUCUCAUCUGAUAGUGACUUCUUCAGUCAUCCUUGGCACAGGCUACAAAGGACAUUGGUGUUGAUACUGGAUUCAAAGCAGUAACAACCCUGCUGUGUCUCUUUGUGUAAUCUUGUCAUGAAAAACAACUUACAAACUUUCAUUCUGGGCAGUUAUUGAUUUCCUUGUUUCGUCCUUAGGAUGACAGAUGCAGUCAUCAUGAUAGGUAGAUGACAAACUUGAUUUCUUCUUAAAAGAGUAAACAUUUUAUACCCUUAUUACUCUCUUAUGAUACUGACAACUGCCUUAAUGGGGAUAUAACUAAUGUAAAAACAUUUUUAAUUACUUUCAAAUAUCAAGAGGGCAUGGGAGGGAGAGAGACACUGACUCUAAGCUCAUAACAAUAUGUGAGGCAUUUAUUUGGAUGAAUAUAUUGAUUAAAAGGAUAGGGCAGAGGUACCUACUGGAUACAGCCAUGCUGUGUCUCUGCCUGGAGUGGCAUUUGGGAUUUUUGUUGGUUUUGUUUGUCUUCUUUUGUUUUUACCAUAGAGACCAUUCUGUCCUUGGACUCCUAGAGUUCCACCUGCCUUUGCCUCCCAGGUACUGGGAUUAAAGUUGUGUGUCACCUUACCCAGCCAGGAUGUUUUUUGUUUUGGUUUUUAUUUUAGAGCCUCUGACUUAUAACAUUUUAUAAAACAGAGUAUUGAUUCCUAGGUGGCCAGAGUUGUGACUCAUAGAUGGAUUUUAGUGCUGUCGUGUUCAGUGAGGUCUUAGCAUCUGUCCCUGAUAAUGAUGUUACUCAGGGUGACUGUACCACAGCACUGUGUUAUGAGAUGGUGGUGGUCACUGCACAUCCUACAAGAAAAGAGAAGCCAACUCCCUACUCUCACUGGGCAUGAUCUUGAGACCUCAGUGCCUUCCUUUGCUAACAGGAUCUAUUGUCUAGAUUUCUGAGUGUUCUUUAGUUCAUGUUUGUAUUGGAAUUAUAUUUGUGUUAUCUGUAAUUUUGUAUAUGUUUUGUUUGUGUGUGAAUUUGUAUUUUCCAGUUUAUUUUUAAUUUACCUGUUGCUAUUCAAAUAAAUGUGUUUGUACUGUGUGAACAACACAACAUAUUAAAUAAAAAUCAUGUCUAUUGUUAUUGAAUGA